CUGGCACGGGAGGCUGGUAUAUAUGACCAAAAAAUUAACACUGACCAACCCCACUCCAUGCCACUUACUAGUCUACCUAGCACAAGAAGGGAGAGCAAGCUAGCAACGCCAGGUAGAUUCAGCAACGCGCGUACGUACCAGCUUUUCUUGCAAAGAUGCGUGCCGGCGGCUGCGCGGUGCAGCAGGCCCUGGCGCCGGAGGCGGCGUCCGUUGUGAGGCAGGCGGUCACACUGGCGCGGCGGCGCGGCCACGCGCAGGUCACCCCGCUCCACGUCGCCACCGCCAUGCUCCUUCCCCCGGCGCCGGCGGGGCUGCUCCGCGCCGCCUGCCUCCGCUCCCACUCCCACCCGCUCCAGUGCAAGGCCCUCGAGCUCUGCUUCAACGUCGCGCUCAACCGCCUCCCCACCUGCGGACCCGCCGCCAUGUUCCACGGCGGCGCGCACAUGCAGCACCAUCACCACCACCGCGGCGCCGCCGAAGCACCCGCGCUGUCCAACGCGCUCGUCGCCGCGUUCAAGCGCGCGCAGGCGCACCAGCGCCGCGGGGGCGCCGGGGACGGCGUCCAGCAGACGGCCGCGCCGGUGCUCGCCGCCAAGGUCGAGCUGGAGCAGCUCAUCGUCUCCAUCCUCGACGACCCGAGCGUGAGCCGCGUCAUGCGCGAGGCCGGAUUCUCCAGCUCGCAAGUGAAGGACAACGUCGAGAAGGCCGUCUCCUCGUCGUCGCCUUCCUUGGAACGCGCGGCUAACAUGAAGACAACGGGCUCUAUUAAGGAGUCCAGAGCGAAGUCGGCUGGCAGCGACGACGCCAUGCGCGUGCUAGAGUGCAUGGCGAGCGGGACUAGGCGGUGCUUGGUCGUCGUCGGCGAGGGCGCGGAGGCGGCGGUGAAGGCCGUGAUGGAUAAGGUGAGCAAGUCGGAGCUUCACCACCGGCACCACGAGCGCCUCAAGAGCGUCCAGUUCGUGCCGCUCUCCGUCACGUCGUUCCGGCACGCGGCGAGGGAGGAGGUGGAUGCCAAGACCAGCGACCUCCGCGCGCUCGUUUGCGAGGCCCGCGCCGCCGGUAAGGGCGUCGCGCUCGUCGUAGAGGACCUUGCCUACGCCGCCGAUGCCUGGCACAAGAGAAGAGGCGAGCAUGUGCACGGCGGACAGUCACAGUACUACUGCCCCGUUGAGCACGCCGUCAUGGAGGUGAGCGGCCUGGUGUCCGGCGACUCUGGCUCCGGCGGCGGAAGGUUCUGGCUGCUAGGGUUUGCGAGCCGCACGGUGUUCAUGAAGUGCAGGCUCGGGCAGCCAUCUUUGGAGGCCGUGUGGGGGAUCCACCCCCUCGUCGUGCCAGACGGCGGCAGCCUCGCGUUAAGCCUCAGCUGCACCAGUGAGGCACAGGGUAGCCAGCAAGCAGGAAGAUCGAUAACGGGAUGGCCCUUGGUGAACGGCGCGGCCACUACCGGCGAGAGCGAGCUCACUUGGUGCGCCAGGACGCCGUCCCCGGAGCCAAACAUACCGUCAUGGCUUCGCCGGUACCAUGACCCAUAUCAGACCACACCGACGAGCAGCAGUACCAGUCUUCACCAGUUACAAGAUCUAUGGAACCCCGUGCGCAAUUGGUCAGCGACGCACCACCAUACAUCCGAGCUGACGUUGAGCUUCUCAUCCCCCGCAUCACCGGCAGCUUCUUCCCUCUCCGGCUACAACAACACCCCGACGACGAUGAGCUCGUCCAAGCCAUGUCAGCCCGAGCCGAGGCAACCGUGGCCGCCGUCGAACCAAGGGCACGAGGACGGUCCGGCCACAAGGGCGGAGGCGAUUCGUGAUCUUCCUCGGUGGCAUAAUACCGAAAUCGCUUUCCCGGAAUCCUUCUCUGCUCAAUCCAACUCACCCAACGAUCAUGGCGGCGGUACGGCAGAUCCGGAGCGGCGACGCCAGAAGUUCACGGAACUUACUGCAGAAAACCUCAAGAUCAUGUGCGGCACGCUCGAGGAUUGCGUGCCGGGGCACAUUAAGGAUGUGGCAGCGGGCGUCGCCAGUGCUGUGCUCCAACGCCGGUCCGGCAUGGUGAGGCAGCGUGAGACGCCCAGGCCGAGCUCGACGACGUGGCUGCUCUUCAAAGGGAGCGACCGCGACGGCAAGAAAUCCAUGGCUUUGGAGCUCGCAAAGCUCGUCUUUGGAUCUUACAAUGAUUUCACGUCCAUCUCAUCAGCUGGCUGCACCCCGGUUCACUCCAGUUCCAGCUCUGGCGAGCGUUCCGGCAAGAGGCAGAGAUCGCCGGACUACGAGCAUGGCUGCGCACAAAGGUUUUACGACACGAUCCACGAGAACCCUCGCCGGGUGGUGAUGAUCGAUGAUGUCGAGCAAAUGAGCCUUGGAUCUGAGAUCGGCAUCAAGAAAGCGAUUGCCAGUGGAAGGGUGAGAGGUUGCAAUGGCGUUGAGACCAGUCUCGAGGAUGCCAUCAUAGUGCUGAGCUGCGAAGCAUUCGACUCGAGAUCUAGGGCUUCCUCUCCUCGGGUCAUCAAGCAGAAGGUCAUAUGCGACGAGGAAGAUAGUGGCGGCGUGGAGAAGGGGGUGACGAAGCCGCCAUGUUUCAGCUUGGAUUUGAACGAGUGCGCCUCCGGUGAUGAUGAAGGACAUCAGGAGGAAGAGGGAUUGGAUAGUGACGUGGAGAUCUGUGAUGUUGUGGAUGGUGUUUUCUUCUUCCGACUACCGGGAGAUUUGUCACAUUAGCUUGCCUUUCAUUUUCUUGUUAUCAAAUUAAUUAACCUAGACCGUGAGCCGCUGAUUUUUCCCAUUUGUAGAGGCAAAGCAUAUGUAUAUUGGUGUUUGGUCUUUCAUUAUAUGGCUCUGGCAGUAGUAUAUUUUUGAGGUAAUAACACCAAUGGUACUCAAACUUGUCAUGGA